AAAUUUAUUUUUUCAUUCAAAAAUUAUAAUUAUUGUUUUUUCAUAUCAUUAUUCUCUAUGUUUUUUGGUUUGUUUUUCUUGUUUUGGGUGAAAAAUAAUUAAUAAUCAAAGAAAUUAUGGAACGUAUGUUAUCAUAUUGUUCGACACCAUCGGCAGCAUUGAUCGAUGAUCAUCAAUUUGAUCAUUCGCAAUCAACAUGUGAAUCGAUUGAUGGAUUUUUAAAUUUCGAUAGAAAUUUUUCCGAUGAUGGUGGUGGUGGUGAAAUUGUCGAUAAUCAACAUUCAUUGGGUAAUCUAGAAAAAGGUGUCGAUCAUAGUUAUUAUUCCGAACAAAUUAAUUCUUUAGUGGCUCAAUGUAAUCAAUAUCAAAACGUGAUCAAACGUCAGGAAAAUGAAAUUGAUUAUUAUCGUAAACAUAUUGAAAGCCUUGAAGAUGAUUUCUCUCGUAUGAGCUCAUCAUUGGCAGCGGCUGAAAAGAAUGUAAAUCAAUAUAAGAAAAAACUAACAAAUUAUGAGCAAACAAUUGAUUCGCUUGAAAAUGAACUAGAAAAUAUUCAUUCAAAAAUAUCACCAUCAUCACAAAGUCUUAGCUUAACCAAUGAAAUCGAUUUCAAGAUCGACAAUCAUGAUCAACGAAAUUUUACUUGGUCAACAACUAAUCGAUCAUUCAAUAAUGUCAAAGAUAAAAUUUCUGAUCAUGAUCUGGAUAGUUUGUUAUUGUCGAUGAAAAAAUUCUUUGAUGAAAAUAUCGAACUGAAAUCACAAAUUGAAUUAAUGAAAAAUGAAAUUGAACGUCUUAAAAAAGAUAAUGAAGAUUAUCGUUUACAAUUGUCGGAUGGUUCUAAUUCGAAAUUUCUACUUCAAACAGGUACUGAUCCUGUUGAUCGCUAUAGAAUGUCUACGCCCAUCAAAAAUUUCAUCUCAUAUCAAGCGCUAAAUAUUCCUGUUAACAAUUCAUUCAGCAUAGAUGAAGAUUAUGAAUGUGAUAAUAUGAUUUUUGAUGAUAAUUUUAAACAUUUCAAUUUUUCUGCUAUGGCUUUUGCAAAUUUUGGAUGUAAAAACCAAAAUCAACAUAAUACCGUCGAAAACAGUCUUAGUGUUUCACGAUUACCAUCAAUUGAUUAUAUCGAAAACGAAGAAAUGCCUUCUCGUAUGGUUCGAGGCGAUGACAUAUCGACAGUGGUUGGCGAAAAAAUCGUCAAAAGUCCCUUAUUAAUCGAUUCAACAUUAAGCCUUUGUGAUAUUAGUAAUAUUGAAAAUCAAAAAUUGCCAAGAUCACCGAUCGCUGACCUUGAUUCUACUUGUUUUAGUGACUAUAGUGAACCGCAAAUCAGUUCAACAACUACACAUGGUGGACAGUUGACGAUUUACGAUAUGAACGGAAAUCAUGAAUCGCAACUAGAAAAUGACAAACAGCAAUUGCAAAUGAAUCAAAGUUCAGUGGAGAUAAAAUCAGAAUCGCAAAAAAACAAGCAAAUUUUUCCAGGAAAACCAUUGUUCAUAUCGUUUUUCUUUUUAAUCUAUUCAACAUUCAUUCAUGACUUAAAACAUAAAUUGUUAAUCACAAAGUUUCGAUUGAUAUUAUUAUUGAUUAUUUCUAUUUUCUUUGUCUCAUAUAAAUGGACAAGAAAACCUUUUUAUCGAUUUGAUCAAAAAAUUAUUGAAACACGAUUAAUACCAUUCUAUUCGAUCGAAGAAAUUUUCAUUGAAUUAUUGACACAAUUUGGAUUUAUUGGAUAGGGUUAAAAUUCAUUUAAUUGGUUAGAAUGAUUUAAUCUAAUCUGUAGAAAAAAAAACAUUAAUUCUAUAAACAUAAACUAACUUUGUAUCUAAUCACGACUAUUAUUUUCUCUUUUACUAUCGUAUUUGUGUAUAUUUGUACACAUACGCAAAGAUGCGACAAUAAAUCUAUGUGUUAUAAUAUCAUCUUAAUCAUCAACUUGAA